AAGCAUCUGUGUACUGAAGCCUAUUUACAGUCCAGUUAAUCAGUAAACUGGAAUCAGUGAAGCUACCCAUCUAAGCAAGUGCAAAACACUUUUCAAAAGGUUUUCCUGGACUAAGAGAAAGAAAAUGAGGGAAAAGAGCUGUGUGGCGCUACCAGAGCUACAGAAAUAAUCUCCUGUGUCCACGGGGACCUUCCUAACUUCCUCCCAGUUGCUGUGACACUGGUGUGUCCCCGGGAGUCACUGAGCCGAGCUGCUUCUUGGCCCCUUGAGUUCUGACCCCUGAGGCGGACACGCUCCGUUCUGUCCCUGAGGAAGCCUGGCAAGAUGUCGGACUGCCUCACAAUCUUCUUCCAUCUCCUGCUGCUCUUCAAGCUCAUCACCCCCAUCACCUUCCGUCACCACCGCUACGAUGACCUUGUGCGGACGCUGUACAGGGUGCACAACCAGUGCCCGCACAUCACGCGGAUCUACAGCAUCGGGCGCAGUGUGAAAGGGAGACACCUCUAUGUGCUGGAAUUCAGUGAUUAUCCCGGAAUCCAUGAGCCCCUGGAGCCGGAAGUCAAGUACGUGGGCAACAUGCACGGCAACGAGGUGCUGGGCCGCGAGCUGCUGCUGCAGCUGUCUGAGUUCCUGUGUGAGGAAUUCCGCAACCGGAACGAGCGCAUCACCCGGCUCAUCCAGGACACGCGCAUUCACAUCCUGCCCUCCAUGAACCCCGAUGGCUACGAGGUGGCCGCUGCCCGGGGCCCAAACGUGUCUGGAUAUCUGGUUGGCAGGAACAAUGCAAAUGGGGUGGACCUGAACCGGAACUUCCCUGACCUCAAUUCCUACAUCUACUACAACGAGAGAAACGGAGGCCCCAAUCACCACUUGCCCCUUCCAGACAACUGGAAAAGCCAGGUGGAACCUGAGACCCAGGCCAUCAUCCAGUGGAUGCACACCUUCAAUUUCGUUCUCUCAGCCAAUCUCCACGGAGGUGCAGUGGUGGCCAAUUACCCCUAUGACAAGUCCUUUGACCAUCGGGUCCAGAAUUUCCGCCAGCCUGCCAACACGCCCACUCCCGAUGACAAGCUUUUCCAGAAGCUGGCCAAGGUCUACUCCUAUGCACAUGGGUGGAUGCACCAAGGCUGGAACUGUGGGGACUACUUCCCAGAAGGCAUCACCAAUGGGGCUUCCUGGUACUCCCUCAGCAAGGGCAUGCAAGACUUUAAUUACCUUCACACUAACUGCUUUGAGAUCACACUGGAACUGAGCUGCAACAAGUUUCCCCACCAGGAGGAAUUACCGAGGGAAUGGCUGGGCAAUAGGGAAGCCCUCAUCCAAUUCUUAGAACAGGUUCACCAGGGUAUCAAGGGAGUGGUGCUUGAUGAGAAUUUUAACAAUAUCACGGAGGCUGUCAUUUCUGUUGAUGGGAUUAACCAUGACGUCACUCCUGGUAAGCACGGGGAUUACUUCCGCCUGCUGCUUCCAGGUACUUACGCCGUGACUGCCAGAGCGCCUGGGUUUGAUCCACAGACAACAACUGUGACUGUGGGUCCCGCAGAACCAGAAGUGGUUAACUUCCAGCUCAAGAGAAGCAUCUCUCAAGCAAGCUCCUUGAGGAGAGCUCCAAGUGGAGGCCAGCGAGGCCGAGUGAAAGCGCAGCCACGCCUGGCCAGAAGGAAGGAGGUGGAGGGGAAGCUGCCGCGGAGAGGCCCCGCCUGAGCCUCGCAGAGCCUGCCCGCUGCGCUUGGAGCGGAUGAAACUCACUUCCUGUGUGAUUGUCCAGGACAUAUUUAAGUCUGAGUAUAAGCUAUCCAAACACUGUGGAACAGUCAGUCUCUGGACAUCCCAGGGCUGAGGCCUCCCUAGGCCAUCAUUAAAGGAAUCAGUGUCCACCGGAAACAGAUACCAUAGUGUUGUGGGAGGGAGACCCCAUCCUGGGAGUCAGCUUUAGGAUCCGUGCCUGCUGGCGCAGGUUAUAUGCAGGGACUGGUUCUGCCUUCAGACCUAGCGCGGAGCUUACAACAUCACAGUGCUCAGUGAAGACAAGAUGUUGGCUGCGGUGCCAAGGUGAUCCAUCCUCCAUGCCAGGAGCAAAACCCAUUUUUCUGGAAUCCCAGGGGACCAUUUAGCAAAGGCCAAUAGUUUCUCAAUAAGAGGAGGAUUUGACAGGCAAACUCACAGCCCCAUUGCCACUCAUCCCUAUUUGUAGGCACUGUAGACAAUAUGCACCUUCUAAAGCAUUUUCUGAAUGGGCAAGCAUAAUGCAGAUGCCCGGAGGGUGGCUCUGGUUCAGUUCUGGGCCCAGUAUUCUGCACUGAGUUCCCAGGAACAUCUGGUUUGUGCCACAAGCGUUACUAAGCAGAUUGGAUAUUACUCAAGGUUGUGAAGUGUGUGUGGUUUUUCAUUGCACAGGUCACAGCACACGUGCUCAAAGAUUCUCACCAGAUGUGAGGGGACCUCCUAAGACCCUGUCGCCAUAGCUGGGUGGGGCCUGUCUCUCAUGCACUCCCAUGCAGAGCUUACAGCCGGUUAGACCAGGCAGGUUUCAGUUUCCUGCAUCAGGGCAGCUCCUCUAAAUGAUAAUUCCCACUCCCAGCAGAAAAGCAGGGGUGUUGGUGCUACAGGUGUUCAGAGUUAGGACGGACACAUUGUUUAUAUCUUGGUUUUCUGAAUGGGCUCUCAAUCCUUGGUCAAAAGGAGCACAGAAGGAAAAGUGAGUUCUCUCCUUAGGAUAAAAGACUCAUCCUUUCUUUAGAUGUGUAUUUUCCUCUUUCAUCUCAGUUUUCAUUUCAGGCCCCUCUGGCUGGGCUUCUUGUCCUAGGGAGGCAGCUACUUGACAGGGCUCUGUUCAACACCAGUGGAGCUUAGAAACUUGAUCUGUGAGAUUACCACAUGCACCUAGGCUCUUCCAGACUGAAUUUAUCUUGCUUUAGGGACCCUUGGUUACAAGGUGACUUGUACCAAGAGCCGAUGUGUCUAAAACAUGGUCUAAGCGCUUCCCCUGGCAUAGCCACAGAAUUUCACUCAGUCAUGCAAGGAGUGGGAAUGAGCGCUGGCUGGCUGGCUGUAGC